AUAAACUUUAAAAAAGCAAAGACGUAUCUUUAAAAAUUUGUCUGGUAUUGCAAUCAAACUUUUUCGCUGUUUGGUUCUGUACUUUCCCCGAUCGAUACUGUUUGUAUCGCCGUAACCCAGCCAACCAUCGCCCAUCAUGGACAAGCAAAUCCGUCCCGUUUUCACCCUCGAACUCAACCACAAAAUCGUGCCAGGCCUUGUGACCAUUGGUAAAUACGACGGCACCCACCCAUGUCUCACUGCUGCGACCACCGCCGACAAGGUUCUGAUCCACAGCCCCCAUCGCAAAAACCCCAACACCGUCGGACGAGUGGUUUGGUCGGAAUCCAACCGCGAAAUCGCCACUUUGAACAUAAACCAGACCAUAACGGCCCUAACCGCUGGGGUUCUGGUACCGGAAGAUGACAAAGACGUGCUCAUAGUGGGCAGUGAGACCCAUAUUCUGGUCUAUCACGUGCAUGAUAAUAAGGACGUUUUUUACAAAGAGUGCCAUGAUGGGGUCAAAGCUAUCACUUUAGGGGGUUUCAGGGAUGGGAAAAUGCCCAUUGUGAUGGUUGGGGGUAAUUCUUCGGUACAUGGGUUUGACCAUCAAGGGAAUGAGGUGUUUUGGACCGCUGUGGGCGAUGUGGUCACAUCGUUAAUCCUAAUGGACUUUGAUAAAGACGGAAGCAAUGAAUUGGUGGUAAGCUCCGAAGACUUCAAAAUUCGGGUCUUCAAAGGCGACCAAAUAAUCAACGAACAAGUGGAAACGGAAGUGGUGACCGGUUUGGCACCACUUCCGGAAAACAGGUUCGCCUAUUCGGUCUCAAACGGAACUGUGGGUGUUUACGACCAGGAUGUGCGGCUUUGGCGCGUCAAGUCCAAACAUUUCGCAAUUUCGAUGCAAAGCUACGAUUUGUUGGGGCAAGGCUCCACUCAAUUAAUCACGGGUUGGUCGAACGGUAAAAUCGACUGUCGCUCGAUUAAAACCGGGGAAGUACUGUUCAAAGACACCAUGAAUUCUGGUGUUGCGGGGGUGGUGGAGGGGGAUUACCGGUCGGUUGGCAAAACUGACGCGAUUUGUGCGUCAAGUGAAGGCGAAGUUCGAGGUUACACCACCACUAAAUCAUUGUCCACGCCCCCUGGGGCUGGGCUGGAGCAAGACACAGUGAGAGAGUUACUAGCACGCAAACAGGCACUCAGUUUGGAGCUAAAACAUUACGAAAAUAACACUAAAUAUAACGAAAAUGCCUACAAUCAAAUGGAUAGUUACGAAAGUAAUGGGGUGAUUCCCGCAAACACGAGACUACAAAUCGGGAUUGCCACGAGUGACGACAAGUCGAAACAUAAUCACGUUGAAGUUUACGUUUCCACGAACAAUACAACAAUAAUCAAAGCGGUGUUAAUUUUCGCCGAAGGGAUUUUCAAGGGGGAAACACAUGUUGUGCACCCGCCCCAGAACAAGUUAAGUUCUGAUAUUUUAAUACCUUUGUACAUCCCCCGGGAUACGCCAGUCGAUAUCCAUAUUAAAGCUUUAGUUGGUUAUCCAAACAGUGUCCAGUUCCACGUUUUCGAAAUCACCCGUCAACUCCCCCGCUUUUCCAUGUACGCUCUUCUAACAGCGUCACCCCCGUAUGACAGUUUCGUCGAAUUUAAAAUCAAUGACCGCCUUCAAAGAAUUUGCAUGUGGCUUAACCAGAACUUUCUCUUCCCUAAUGACAUAGAGGCGGACGGGACGAGUCUCAAAUUGCACUUAAAGUGUCUCAGGGACGCGUCCGUGCUCACUUUGUCGUUUGACGCCUCGGGGAAAACCCUGUUCUUUACGGAAAACAUGGCACUUGCUGCCGAUUUGGUACAAUCACUGGCCACUUUUCUCAAAAUUGAAAGUCUGGAGUCGAAAGUUUCGUUUCCGAAGCAGGAAGACACUUUAAAGAUUUGUAUGGAGAAGUUGGGGGAGAUACAGGACGCGAGGUUGAGGUUAGGGACGGACGUGGCUGAUCGGAUCGGCUUGAUUCGGGGGUUGGUCAUCCGGGCCGAAGAUUGCCGAAUCAAUGACAUAGACGAAAUGGCCAAAUAUUACGUGGAGCUCGACCGAGUCAAUAAGGAAUUGAUCAGUAGUUACAACAUUCGCUUACAGAACUACAACGAGGGUUUGGAGACUAUGAAAAAUAUCAAUUCGAUUAUUCAAAGGGCGUCACGUUUGAGGGUUGGGCCCAAUUCGUCCACUAUGAUCAAUCAUUGCCGGGCCGCUAUCAAGAAUAACAAUAUUGAAGGUCUUUUAAAGAUUAUACGAACUGGUGAAUUGUAAUUGUUUUGUGCAAAAAUAAAUUUGAAUUUGGCGUCCUGA